AUGAAGAAAGCUGGAGGUCCAUGUUUGCAGGCCUGUGUGGCUUGCACGGCCGGUGCGGUGCUUCUGCUGAUCUCGCUGGGGUGCUCCAUUUGGGCUUCCAUCGAGGAUGCGGACUUCACGCCAAGAACAGCACCAUCGUUCCUUCAGAUGCGGCUGGAACUUCAGAGGCCGGCGCCAGCUGUGGACCAAGCGCUGCAAAGAGAGCCUUCAGAAGCGGAGGCGUUGAACUGCCCAGCGAGUCUCUUGCAGUGGUAUCCUGACUGUCGGAGCCUUCCUGUCAGGGCCAACUUCAACAUUGGCCGAGUGAGGCCCAACAAAGACGAGAAGCAGUCGCUCUUGUUGUACAGCGCUUUAGAUGCGAAGAUUCCAAAGGAGGAGCAGGUUUCAAUCCUGGGAUGGGAUCCGGUGAUUGAUGAAGUGCACUCGACCUGCCCUGGCCAAGUCGGCUCAAAGGUCAGCUUGGUGCAUCACAUCAACGUUUACACCUUGGGCCCUGGCCACAUCGACGCCCUCCAACCAGGGAAGAUCUACUCAAAGGCGGAGCUGACACCCUUCGAACUGGAUUUUUCGAGCUUCCGCAUGUUGGCCUCGCAUGACAAGUUGGCUGGCCAAUAUUUGCUGCCCAAGGGCUAUGGCAUUCCCUUUUCUGAUCGGGCGAUGUUGGAGCACCACAUCCUGUUCCCCAAGUGUUGGAACUUCGAUGCGGAGGACCAGCCGCAAUCCAGCGGCUUCAACCUGUAUGUCACCUCACGCCCGGUGACUCCAGCCGCACUGGUAGGAGCUCUGAACUUCAACAUGGAUGUGCGCCCCGCGCAGGGAUCGGUUAAAUGGGUCACCCGCAUGUCCGCCGACCGCUUGGUGGAGCUGGUCUGGCCCCAUGCCGAGUGGCCGGAGAUUCUCGCCGUGCACCUGCACACUCAUGAUGUCGCGCACUCGAAGUAUUUUGAGAUUGUGUGGCUUCACCAAGCACAAGGCGAACGCAGUGAAAACCCACCUUCAAGGGCCAGGUGA